CAACUUGAAAAUACUACUUCAAGACAUGAUGUGAUUUGAAACUGAUUCUGUUGCUAAACCCAAAUCUGCGUUCUUUUAACAAGCUUCACUUCCUAUUUAAAUUCGUUUAAAAUGCGUUUGUUUAGUCAAAGUUUUGGUUACAUAUUUUUAUUUGGCUUUUCCCCAGUAGCUAAAUGGAAUCAUUCAGCGAUAUUUACAUAAAUGCCUUCCUAACUCCUGACUACACAUGAUUACCUCUUAAACUUCCCAUUUUUGUUCUUCGGCCAGCAUUACCUCUUUAUACCCAGCAGCGUCUGUCUCAUUUGUGAUAUUUUCGUUUGUUCUCCUGAGUGUUAAGCCACCAUGGCUGACGAAGACGGAAACGCCGAUAACCUUGAAAAUCCAGCAAAGGCUGAAACCCUCCCAAAGAAACUUCUCGAACAAGUAGCUUCCAUAACAGACAAGAUUAAGAAAAAGAAAGUGCACUUAGAGGAGGUCGCAGAAAAAUAUCACAAUGAAGCUAGACAUCUGCAGGGAAUAUCAUCGAAACUCAGCGAACUCAAAGGAUCGUUUAAUGAAGGCGAGAAGAUAAAGGCUGAAUUUGAGGAAUAUUGCGAAUUGAUUAACUUCAGAUGCCUGGAUGUCACUGAGAAGGUUGUGAAACUGGACGACAUCUUAGAUGAAGUAAGAUUAGAGGAGGAAAAGGCUCCUCGGUUUACGGAGCUAGCUCAAGGCAUAGAAACUGCAUCGCUUUCAACCGGCGAAGGUCGUAAAGAGUUCCUGGAUUUGAAGCAAGAAGUUGACGAUUGGCUUGAUGCUGUUCGCCGCAAGUUUAGAGAGGGAAAGAAGAGGAAGUUGAGCCUCUAUUCCAAAGGUAAUGUUGAGGACGUUACUCAGUCGUUAAAUGCCUGGAGGAAAGCUUCAGAAGUUGCAAGAGAAUACAGUCGUAAAUUGGUUUUGCUGAAGAGAGAUACGGAUUCUAACGAACAAGACAUGAGAAGAGAAAUAGAAAGGAUGGAAGCUGAGAUCGGAACUCUCAAAGAACAUAAUAAGACAUUAGAUGACGAGAUUUCCCUUCUGAGGGGGAAAAUAUUGGAAACAGAACAGACGAUUCUUGAAACUCAGACGUUGCAUGAUGACGUUACUGAUGAUCUAAGAGAGCAGAUCAAAGACCUCCGUCAGCAGUUAAAUGACGAAAAAGAUCGUAACAAGGCUCAGGUCGAUGAAAUAGAGAGGAAGGAAACUGGAAUUGUGGCUCUCCGUGAACAUAACAAGGAACUGGAUGAUGCCAUAACCCUAAUGAAGAGUAAACUUUCAGAAGCGGAACAGACAAUUCUUCAAAAUCGAACUUUCCACGAUGAAAUAGCAGAAGAUCUAAGAGAGAAGCUGAAAGAUCUCCGUCAGGAGCUGAAUGAAGAGAACAGUGCUAAGUUUGAAAUGGAGAUGGAAUCUGAUCGAAUCAAGGGAAGACUGCAAGACCUGGAAUCGCGAGAAGAACUUAAUCAAAGGAAGAUUGAGAUGCUCCAGGAGCGUAAUAAACUCCUAGAAGAGGACGUGGAAUCCUUAAGAGAGCGACUCUUGGUUGGAGAACAAGGGAAAAAUGAUGCAGAAGCGCUGCUGUUUGAAAUACAAAAGGAAUUGCAGGUUCUUGACGAUGCAAAAGACGACGAAGAUGCGGGAGAGGAUAACGCAAACGAAUUUAAGCGGGUUAACCGCCUCGUGCAGACGCUGAAGAACAAGCUAGAGGAAAAUCAAGGGUAUAUAGAAAACUUAGAAAGCGAAAUCAAAGGGGAAAGAGAUCGCAACAAUGAAAACACCAGUGAGAUAGAAAAGCUCUUGCGAAAAAUCGAGGUUGAAGAAAAAGGGAAAGAGGAGCAAGGACAGCUGAUUGACACAAUCCGGAAUUUGCUGGACGAAAAUGAAAAGUUGGCUGCUGACCUCGAAUCCCAAAACAAAGCUCUGAAUGAAGAUAUCGCAGAAGAAAGAGAAAGGGUCAUGGAGUUGCGAGAGAGAGUCGGGGAGCUCCAGCAAACUAUCAGCGGCGAGAAGAGAGCCAACUUCGACAUGGAAAUGGAGGUUUCAAGACUCAAGAAUAAAAUAGAGGACGAGGAAUCCAAGAAUGAACUCGGCCUGAAAAGAAUUGAACUUCUUCAAAAGGAAAUCACCACGUUAUUGGAUACCAUCAAGGAAAAGGUGGAAACGAUCGAGGAACUGCGUUCUCAACUUUACGAUUAUGAAGAACUAAAAGUCAAACUUAGGGCUGAAAGACAAAGAAACGAAGACAAUGAACAGAGUAUCAUGGAGCUACAAAACAGAAUGGUUCAGAAUGAGCACACCCUAGAGGAAAAAGAGGUAGAGAUAAGAUAUAUCAAAGCUGAGUUAAAAAACACCAAGGAGAAACUGGAGAAUGUGGAGAAAGAACUAGAGUGGAUCAAGGAGAAUAAUGACUUAUUGUCAGGCAUCCUUCAAGAAAAAGACAGGGGCUUGCAGGAGAAGGAAGAAAGACUUAAACAAGCGCUGGUAAACCUCAACUCGGAACGCUCAGUUCAAAAUGAGUAUUCGAUGAAAUGCGAAAUGUUGGAAAAGAAGAUUUACCUGACUGAAUCAGAAAACAAAGAAAUAACAAAAGUAGCUGAACUUGCUGAGAGCGAAUUGCAAAAGGAAAGGGAGAAAAGUGGUAACCAAGAUAGUGAGAUACUUAAAUUAAAAGCCCAAAUAGAAGAAGAACGCAAAAAGAACGAGGACAGCCAACGAGUUAUUUAUGAACUCGAGGAGCAGCUUUCAGAUGCCGAUGCUUUAAAUCAGUAUAACCAGGGGAUCAAGUCAAGUUCUAUUGAGAACAUAAUGGAGGCAGAAAAGCAAAACGAGCAGCUUCUUAACAUCAUUGAAGAGUUAAAACAGAACGUUAACGAAAAGGAACUUGGCAUCGAAGAACUAGUUGAGAGCUACGCCGUUGAGGAACAGAGGCUCAGGGACGAGAUAUUGCAGCUUCAAGGUCAGCUAGGUUUGUCCAAAAUGGACAGUCAGACAAAAUCGGAGAUUAUUAAGUAUCUUAAAGGAGAAAUUGAAAGAAUGCGAAAUGUGAUGAGGAUCAAAGAGUCAGUUCUUGGGAUUGAAGGAGAACCAAGUGAAUCAGGUGAGAAGGCGGCCAGAUAUGUUCAAGAACUUGAACAAAGGCUGGGAACAGCUGGAUUACCCGGACAUUUUGAACAUUUUGACGCCGACGAAGAACUAGAAGAACGAGAAGCUCAAGUUCAGGAACUUUUGGAAAUCUUGGAAAGCGAAAAGGAGAGAAAUAUAGUAUACGAGGAGAUGAUUCAACAAUUAGAAGAAAUGGUGAACCUAAAUGCUGAAAUAAAGGACGCGGACGAAUCAGACCAAGGACGAACGGAGGAAGCAAAUGAGGCCCGAAAGGUACUUUAUUCUAAGAAGGAACAAUACAAAGACAGGAAACGAAAGUACAUCCAAGAUGAGAUUGUCAGGUUGGAAGAUGUCGUGGAAGAUCUUCGUGGCAGAUUAAGAGCUGAGCAAAGGCAUGUCCAAGAUCGGGACAAACUUAUCUCUAAGUUAAACGAAGCCAGCAACAGAGACCUUAAAAGAAACGAAGAACUUACAGCACAGCUACAUGCUAUGAAAGAAAAGGCCAUGCAGCAACUACAACAUUCCGAAGAGAUGGCAAAGAAGGUUGAAGAUGGGCAGAAACUCAUUCGAGAUUUAGAAGUACAAGUGGAUAAGGAGAAACUACGGGCUCAAACUAUUGAAGGGGUGCUGUCAUCACAGAAGGGACAAUCUAGUGAAAAGAAGGAGGUUAGCAAGGACCUGAAGCGCAGAGUCGAGGAAUACCAGAAAACUGUCAACGACAUUAAGGGAAAAGUGGACAAGAUAAAUCGUCAUUUACACUGCAUGUCACCUGGCUCACACGAAACGCACCGCAUGGGUUCCCCUGAUGCUGCAGUAAAAAGAAUCAACGAGCGGCUUGCCUCACACAGUUCUUUUAUCAGAGAACUCAAAGCCAGUGUAAGCACCGUUGAGGAAACAAGCAAGAAUAUCCGAGCUGAGCUGAAGACUCAAGCGGACAAAAAUAGCAAACAAGACAAGAAAAUUGCAGAUUUGCUAGGCAAAUCGACAGAGUACGACAAUCUCGUGGAGGAGAUGAAACAAGAACUUGGCGAAAUAAGGAAGAGGUACCAGGAAUUAAGCGGCGAACUUGGACCGGAAGAAGAAGUGGGCGAUUCAGCUGAUGGCAGACCGGAAAGUCCUACGAAGAUAGUACGAAGCAUGCCUGAGCAUGAACUAAGCAAGCAGUUGUCAAACUUCGAAGAACUGUUGGAGACCAUAUUUUCGGAAGAAGCCCGAAGGAUUGAGGAAUUACAAGACAAGUUAGAUGACGUGGUCAAGAAAAACGUCGAGUUUUCGUCAAUUCUGUACGAGAUUAGAAAUAAUCUUGAAGACGACAGGGCAAAGCGAGGACCUUGGGAAGUCGAAAGAGAUGACUUGAAAGCGACAGUGGCAAAGAACGAAGUCAAGAUUGAUCAUUUAGUGACCAAUUUACAACAAGAGGAAAUGACAAAAGGAAGGCUUGAAGAUAAGAUAAAACUACUGGAGGAAGAACUUAGGGAGAAGGAGAAGAUAGUAGCAGCAUCACAAGUGGAUAUUCGUGAAGCAGAAGGAACAAUUCACAGGCUCGAAGCAGACUUGGCGGAAGAAAAAGAACGCAAUUUUGACUUACAAGAGCGCGUGAUAAAAGAAAUGGAAGAUAAUCUUCGGGAAAGCAAAACUAAGCUGGACGAAAUUCGAAUACAAGCAGACCAAGAGGUACGAAAGACGGUCGAUAUAUCUGCUGCAGAAAAGUCACAGAAGGAAAUACGAAUCAAGGAAUUGGAAAAUGAGAUGCUGAAGCAAACUGCUCUCCUCGACGAGUUGAAGUCUUAUCUGGAAAAGGAACAGAAUCACGUGUUUGAAUUGACUGAACGCUUAGAGAUGGAGCGCAAUCACGCUGCCAUGAAAGAUACCAUGAUUAAGAACAUUACGGAGAAGUUGAAAAGGGAGGGAGAACGUAGCGAAGAACUGCGCAAACUCAUCGAAGAGGCAGAAGAUAGAACGCUUCGAAUCAGUGAAGCCCUCACUAACGAACAAGUUCGGGGAGUUGAGCAAGAGGAACAGAUGAAACAUUUGCGUGACAUAAUAAAUGAAGAACAAAAUAGAUUAUGCGAGACGAGAGAUGUUCUGGAAGAAGAAAUGCAGUUAACCAAGCAGCUGAAAGAGAAGUUGUCUUUUGAGCAGCUAAUGAAAUCAGAAUUCGAACGCGAACUUGACAAGACGAAAGCAAAGCUUUCUGAGGAGCAGGAGGCAAAGGAAAAUCUCCAGGAAUUGCUUUGCAGGGACAAGAAUGUGGUGCUGGAGACGGAGAACAAGUUGAGAGAGCAAUUUGAUGACGUCAAACAGAAGGAGCAACUCAUGGAUGAACUUAGAUCCGAUUUGGAUACAGAGCGAAAGUGUUAUAAGAUUCUGUCCGAACGUCUGCAGUCUGAGCAAAGCCGAAUAGUUGAAUUACAGAUGAAACUCAAAGAAAGCGAAUCUAUUAUUAACUCCGACAAAGAAAUGUUGGAUAGUUUGAGAGACAAUUGCUUGAAAGGCGAAGAAAAACAGUUCGAGGUCCUGGAGAAACUGGAGCGAGCUGAGAGACUGAACAAAGAGAAAGACGAAGAGAUAAAUGCAUUGAUCAACGAGCUAGCAGCUGAGAAGAUACGAGUAGAGGAGCUUUUGGCCAACCUGGAAAGUGAGAAGUUUUCAAAGGCGCAAAUGGAAGAAAGAAUUAAAGAACUAGAAGAAACCACCGCGAGGGAUGAACUUCUAUUUCAGGAACUCCGAAGUAGAAUCGAUGCGGAGGUGGUGAAGAACCGUGAGAUUGCAGAACAACACGAUCAAGAGAAAAUCACUGGACAGAUUUUUCAGGAGAAAGUCCGGGAUCUAGAAGCACAAGUUGCUCAAGACAACGAGAUUUUUGAAGAACUCAAAAGAACAAUCGAGAUAGAAAGAGAGCAAAGCCGAAAGCUCGAUGAAUUACUUCGCGAGGAGAGAAAUGAGAUUGUACGACGUGACAAUGUUCUGACCGAGCUGGAGGGGCAGCUUUAUACUGAACGCAUAGCUAAGGAUGAAAUAAAGAGUCAGUUAGAAUCAGAGAAGCAAAGCAGCUUCGAUCUACACGAGCAGCUACGAACCAGUCGUGAGGAAGAGUAUAACAGAAAGGAAGUAGAAAGAAAACUCGCCGAGGAAAUGAAGUAUGAAGUCGAAGAGAAGCUUGCAAUCCAGGCAAGGAAGGCGGAAGAACUUGAAUCCAUGUUAGAAGCGGAAAAGUUGAACGUCCUUGAGAAGGACACCGCAAGACAAGAUUUGCAAAGAUCCGUGGAAAAAAGGGAUUUGUGGCUUGCACAAAUGGCUGAAGAACUCACAAAAGACAUGGAAGACAGCCAAAGUUCUACCGACGAAGAAAAGGAAAUACGUGAUCAGGAUGAGAAUUACAACUUGGGAGGACGUCGCGCCUGGGCCCAAGAGAGCGAUGAUCUUCCAGCCGUGUUAAGUCCGUAUGAUGACCUUCUAAACAAAAUAUUAGCUGGACGGAAUGUGAAAAGGAAUGUUAAACUCAAGUCAAAAGAACGGAAAAGGCGACUCGCUGAAAGAGAAAAACUGUUGGAGGACACAAGUAGAAUGUAUGAAGAUGAGAAGAAAUUAAAAGAAGAAAGACUUGCAGAACUUCAGGCCACCGAGGACAGGAUGAGAGUUUUUGAGAGCGAAAGGGACAAUUACCGAAAAGAUUUUGAUAAGCUCCAAGAAGAUCUGGACAGCGAGAGAAAUCGAAGUCACUCGUUUGAAGUUUUGCUGGCAGAGCAACAGAGAGCAAAUCAGGAUCAAAAUGAGCUCGUUAAAUCACUGGAAAAUAAAGUUGGCGAGGGAUUCAAGCGUCUGCAUGCUGCUACGGAGCAAUGCGAAGAACAGAUGAGAGAGAAUCGGGCAAGAAAGGAAGAAAAUAUCAAACUGCGAGACCUAUGUGAAGUGCAAGAAGAGAAAAUAGAAGAACUUAAUAAGGAACUUAAAGCCAUUGAAAUACUUUACAAAGAAAAGGAGAGCUUUGCUCGAGAUACCUCUGAUCAGGUGAACGAGCUCAGGAGACAGUUAGAUGAAGUAGAUAUUCUUUUGAAAGAGGAAAAACGAAAAGUAGAGAAGACGAGUGGGGAUGAUAGUACUGACGCAAGUCCAGAUCGUUGUGGAAGAAUGUCAGCAGAUAAGGACUCGAAAGAGGUUUUAAGCGACUUACGAGAGGAGGUAGACAACGUAAAGAAAAUCAUCAAUUACAAGUUAACUGAACUGAAUAGCCUUCGUCAACAGUUAAGUGGGAGAGGAGAAAGUCAAGGCCAACAGCUAUCUCUUAAGAAGAUGCAACACAGGGCGGAAAAGGCAGAAACUCAGCUUAAAAAGCUUCAAUCUUCCUACCAGCUUCUUCUGACAGACGUCGAGAUGAAGACGUUUUUAGUAGAGGAAGCUCACACCGAAGCUAAUAACUUGAGAAGUGCUCUGAAUGAAAAAGGGAAGAUCAUUAUAGAGUUGACAGAAAAGGCCAAGUCACCUAAACAAACCACAGUUUUCAGGGAUGAGAGCGAAAUCCAAAGACUGAGUACAUUAUUAAUGCAAAAAGAAAAGCUGAUUCAAGAUCUUAAUAAUGAAUACAAAUCGAAGCUCUCCAAGAAAGACGAAAAGCAAAGAGAGUUACAAGUAUCUAUUCAGAUUAUGAAGUCUGUCUACCAAGGACUGAAGGCGGAGAAGGAAAGAGAAGACGCGGCGAAGAAUGCCGAGAAAGCGAGGAAAAGCAAGGAAGACAUUAAUUCAGCGUUUGAGAUGGUACGUGACCUUCAGCAGCAAAUAGAUUCCCUUGAAGAAGAAAUUACUGGUCAUCAGCAGAUGGCAAAGAGCUUGAAAGAGGACGACAAACGCGCCAAACUACCGAACGAAAACGAAAAGACUUAUUUGAAGAGACGAAGUAGCCUGCGAGGCGUUGUUUCUUUGCAAAUCGACGAGAAGGAAAAGAAAUUGAAACGCCUCAAAAUAUUGCUGACUUCUAUUGAAAACCGAUAUGGGAAGGAAAUGGUGGAACUAAAGGAGAACGCAUCAGGCACCGAAAACGAGUCUCUAGCCGGUGAUAGCAUAGAGAACGAAGGAACACUCAAAAAGUCUCAAGAAAUCGUUUGUGAAAACACAUUGCCUCUACCAGAUUUGGUUGGAACGACAAACCAAUCCGCGCUCAAUGAAAGCAAGGGAACCAGCACAGAAUCUGACUACAUAGGCGAUGACGUACCAACGUGUUAUGACGCGAGCGUUCUCCUUCAGAAGAACCUGGAAGAUAAGCAAAGUCGUUCGCAGUUAAGCAAGAAAAAGUUGUUAUUUGGCUUUUUGAUUCUUGUUGUCGUUGUACCUUUACUGGCGCUUGGUUUUGGAUCAAAAAGGUCGGGUACUAUGCUUGCGUCUGUCCUAACUCCAGUUGUCCUUCUGCUUUUCGCCUAUCGGUUCAAGAAAACGGGACUUGGUAUCUCUGGCCAAGAUGCAAGUUUGAAGAAGAAGUUGACUGAUAAGGAAGAGCAAGAGAAAGUGCUUCUUGGCAAAAUCGAAGAAAUGAAGAUUCGUCAGGAGGGAGAUGCAAGCCUUAUUGAAGAGUUGAAAAGGCAGCUGGAAGAGGAGUUGGCCGAUAAAGAAGUUAAACGGGUGGAAGUUGAAGAGAUUAUUGCGAGCAAGGAAGCGAUGUCUAAUAAACAAAGGGAAUUAGAAGCAGAAGAUUUUGAAGCCAAAAUGAAGUUAGAGAUCGAAAAAACGAAGCUUUCUGAGGCCGAAAAAAUCAAAAGGGGAUUUGAAGAAUACAAACUGUUGAAAGAAGAAAUUGAUCACAUGAAGAGGCAGCGGGAAAAAGACAUGAAUGACAGACAAGCCAAGAUUGCAGAGCUCGAGAAGUUGGCCAUUAUUUCCGAAGAGAAGAGGGAGUAUAGAAUCAAAGCUAUCAACAUUUCCUUCUCCGCUAUUCCUAUUUGUAUUGCGUUUUCGGUGGUGCUGUGUCAGUUUUUCGGCUAUCACUUCUUGGUACCCUAUCUGACAGUUUGCAUUAUAACGACCUUCGCUGCUAACGCAUGGAGCACUAAAAGGAAAGUAGCUCAAAUGUUAAGGGAUGAGAGGCAAAACUUUGUAGAACAAAAUGAGGAAAUGGAUGAGAUGACGGAGCUCUUAGAUAGACAGUUUGAAGUUGUCAAGUCGCAGAAGUCGGCAAUUGAUAUGCUGGUGAAAGAAAUUGAGAAGGAAAAACAAGAAAGGAAGGAAAAGCGAAAUACACUGGCCAAGCUAAUUUGGCAGCUCCAAGAGAUGGAAGGAAUGCAAAACAUAAUCUCCAAACAGGCUCCCAAAGGAAGGGAAGUUACAGAGCUUGAAGUCGCCGUGCGGAGCAUAGCCGAGGAAAAGGCUCUAGCGAGAGCAAAGUUUUACAACAAUAUGAUACGCACAUUGAAAGAGAUAAACGCUGAUGAAGAAGACGACGAUGAAAUGACAGACGAUCUAUGUGGUGCAGUGCAGGAACUAGCCGGUUACGCCGAAGAUCAACUUGAAGAACAGAAGAAGCGGGAGUUGGAAAAAGAAAAACCACAGCCUGUGCGGAAGAAGACACAAGUUCCAUGGAAAGCAAUUACUUUUACCGCUCUCAACAUUGGAGCAUUAGCAGCUUCCUUGGCCCUUCAGUCAUAUUUAAUUACAGCGCUUGUAGCUCUGCAAGCUUUGAUCUAUGGUCUGCAACGAAGGGGAGGCUCAGUGGAUCAACUCAAGGAGAAGCUUAGACGAGAAGCUUUUCGAAAUCGAUCACUGCAGCUGGAAAUAGAGAAGAUGAAGACAUUACUGGAGACAGAGAAAACGUACAAGAUGUCUGACGAAUACGCGCUGGAAAUCAAAGAGAGAAGGAAAACGAGGAAGUCAAUAAAAACCAGGGGGUAAAUUACCCAAAGCGAUUACCUAAAAUGCGAUAACCGAGUUUGUCUCCAGACAAUAUUUCAGAAUAUAGAGCAUAAUGUGUGAUAGAAGCGAGCUUACAAUUACAAAUGAUGAUUGAAAUGUGGAGGUAUGACCCAGGUAGGGAAUGGUCACUGUUACCAGCCGAUUAACGCGACAUCGAUAAUUACCUUGAUUAUAGCUUACCACCCUAUUUCAUGUUUCUUUUUUUUUUUUUUUUUUUCUUGGAAUUUGACGGUUUUAAUAUAAGGAUAUUCCUUGGAAGCGUAACCUGUUUUGUCUUGUCGGUGCUAAGCAACAUUUGUUAUUUACAACGGAUUUUUCACAGUACAAUACUGUUUACAAAAUACGUGGUGCUACCUGCAAUCCGACCUCUAUAUUCAAAAGCAAGUCACGACUCCGUCGUUAUAUUUGCAUGUACGACAAGUUUUAAGGACGUUCGGGCGAUAGAUUUUUUUUAAAUUUUUGCUGCAGUCAGAUAAUGAGUUACUCGUGUCAGAAAUGCAAACAAAUUGGGGGUCCUCGACUUUGGUUCAGAGAUAAAGCGUGUGGAAAACUACCCUGAUUUUGAAAAAUUUGGGCACGUAAUUCAGCAUGGUCUA